AUGUCCAAAAUCUUCUCGUGCAUCUUCCCGUACUCGAAGAAGAUGCAACAAGAUGAUUCGAAAGAAGAUAUCCAGAAUACUGGAUUUAUCCAGGACAACAUGAACUCUUCUCUCUGUGAAGUGUCAUAUCAUCAUGUGGAUUCAGUAUCCAAGACUUGUCUGCAAAAACGGAUUCAGAAGUUGGAAAACGAAAAGGAAGCUCUGGUUGAGAUGAUGAUUUAUCAGCACGAAAACUAUAAGAAGAGCUCGCUUGUUCAAGGAAAAAUGUUCCAGAAGGAAAAGACAAAGAACAACAACUCGAAUUAUUACUCGAAACUUGGAAAGAAGUCGAAAUAUCCGACGAAGAAACAAGAAUUCCUAGAAAAUACGUAUGAUUACAUUGCCUUCAAUUGA